AUGAGUGACCACGAUCCCUUCUGCAUACCCGGCACCGAAGCCAGCUGGUUGAAGCUGUUGCCCGAUGGCACAGCCACCUGCAGCGUCUGCCAGACUGUCUUCGAGAAUGCGCGACGCACUGACAACAUUGCCCGCCAUGCUAGCAGCAAGGGUCACAGACGACGUCUCGAAGAACUAGGCCUUGUGGAGUCUGGCGAGGACUACGGGGACGCUCCGCCACCCUCUGACUUCGACAAAGUUGCACGGCGAAAGCCAGGAGAGGCACUCAGACAUGGCUGCCCAGGAAUCGGAGGUGCCAAGAAAGUCCUGAAGAUGAUGCGAUGUGUGUGCGAAGCCAUGCUGCAGAUCGAUUCCAGCAUACUCCAGGAAGCUGCCAGCAUAUUGAUCCAGCUGGAUGCACGGCAACUGCGGCUUUGCAUCCGCUUCCAGGCUGCCGAUCACGAUGUCAUGGUGCGUCGGGGACUACUGGGCUUCGAGCAGAUAGAGUCCCUGGGACAUCAAGACGUUGCAAACGGCGUGCAAAGUGCACUGCGUCGCUUCUGUACCUUCAAUGGAGAAGUCGACGUGGAGAAGUUGCAGCUUAUCACACAGCGCAUUGAAGCCAUCAAUGCGGACGGGGCAUCCGAUGUUCAACUGUCGCUGAAUACGCUGCGAAAGCUUUGGCCGUCUGUCAAGGUAGUUCUGCGAGACAGCACGCACAGUGCGCGAAGGAUCCUCAGUCGGCCAUGGUCUGCCAUUGACGCCAUCCACGAAUGCUUUCAGACAGCAAUCAGUGGUCAGGGCGCGAUGGCGCGGCUUGUGCAGGCUAGCCCCACGCUGGCUCGGGCCUUCGAGAGGUUCUGUCAGGAGGUGACAGAUAGCCCUGCGUCCGGGCGCCGCAUCAAGAAUCUGGCGAUGCGGAAACAUCGCUUCGACUCGGCGGCGAAGCCUCUCGGACGAUUCAUUCUGUUCUGCGAGGCGCACUUGAUGUUGGCUCUGUCGCUCUCGAGUAACAAGAGCCAUGAUUCUUGCCAAUACGGCAUGCGCUUUCUGGAAUGGAUUGAUGAGGAGAAGCUUUUGCUCCUGGGGCUCCUAGCCGACUGUUCGGACGAGGCGCUGCAGCUGGUCAGGUUCUACGACACCGAGCAGCACGACUCCGCGGAGAUGCAGUACCAACUCCAGGUCUUCGCGAGCAAGCUGCAGCAUCUCUUCCUGGAAGGGCAUGCCUUUCAAGCAGGCGGAUAUGCGCAGCAUGUCGUCGACAUCCUGCAGAAGCCGCGGGGAUUCUGCGUCCAGGGCUGUCCCAAGUCUCUGGGAGGACCGCAGAAGGUGACAGAGGCGGCCAAGGAGCGCGCUUUGGGCCAUUUGCGGCUGUACACUCGGCUAGCGAUCAAGACUCUCCAAGCCGAAUUUCCGGCCUUCAGCCUGCUCGCAUGUUUCCGCAUGUUCAACGUUGGCCCUGCCACCCGUGCGCAGGCGGCCGAGGACGCGCGUCAGCUGAUCGAGGGCAAACUGUCGAAUGUCGACGCAUGGUCUCGCGCCGUGCACCGCACAGCUACAAGGCAGAGACAAGUACGCGAGAAUUAUCCAUCGGGCGUACUUCGUGUGGUUUUGGCUCGAUAUGCUGCCUGGACCGGUGCCACGACCAGUGGCGUGGAGCAGUUUUUUGCCAAGAUGGCGGAUCACGUGCCCUCGGACAGAAACCAUCUCACAGAUGCGCAUCUUUUCACGGAGGCCAAGCUGCUUUCCGACUUUCGUGACAGGGACACCUGUCAGGAAACAGUCUGUGAGCUGGCAUCGGAAAUCUGGAAGCUUACAUCUGGCCCUCCGCGUGCCUCGGCGAAGGACCGAAUAGAUGCUGGUGUCCCACGCAAGAAGCCGCAGGACAGGCAACGGCGCAAGAGGGCUGCGGAGACAGACAUCGUGGACCUGGACUCUGCGCUGCGCUUGGCGGAGUCUGUGACAGAGGAGGCAGUGGUGGCACAGCCCAAGGUGCUCAAGGAGCUGAGAUUUCUGGAGGACAAAUCUUUCCGAAAUGAUGUCCUCGCUUUCUUGGACAAUGCGCUCCUUGAGUCAGAGGUGCCCGCCGGUCUCGAAGAGGUCGCUCGCGCAUGGGCCUCGCAUGAGGAAGCCCUCAGUGCUGGGCAUCGAAGAAGAGCGGCACAGAUAUCCAAGAUCAUGCGGCCCGAGGGCCCGGAGCUUUCUCGCGGCAUCUACCUAGAGAAGCAGGAGUGGGCACGCCUGCCAUGCUCACGAGGCUUGAACUUCGAAGCACGGCUGGAAGAUGCCCAGGUCUUCGUGGUGACAGAUGCCGCAGCGCCCGGACAGAAGAUCAAGUGGACCGUCGCUUUGCAAGGCGGCUCCGUCGUGGACUUGCACUACCUCCGGACAGGAGGCACUGCGGGCGUCUCCUUCACGUAUGCUGCUGCAGUCCGAACCAAACGGUUCGUCUUGCUGAGCGAGGAGUUCGUGCAACAUCACCCGGGGGUUGCGGACAUCAUUGUGACUGCGAUGGGAAAAAGCCACAGCCAGUGGAGAAUUCUGGACACCUGGGAGGAGUUCGCCGAGAGAGCCGAGAGGCAGUCUUGCGCCGAGGGAAAGCUGGUGGUGGCUCUCGCCCUCCCGCAGACCGUCCAGCAGAUGGACAUGAAGAACAUCUUCACGAAAGCCUCCUUCUUUGAGUUCAUCACGAAGACGCGUGUGGCAUGCUCCCAGUUCGGCUUGUGUGGCCGAUGA